CUUCGAACCCAACCAGAACGGAGACUUCUGUGUCCGGGUGUUCUCGGAGAAGCAGGUCGAGUUCCAAGAGCUGGACGACCCGGUGGAAUGCAACGUGAAACAGGUGGACAUUGAUGAAGAUGAUGUUGGAGAACGCUUCAGAUCUCUGUUUGGACAACUAGCAGGAGAGGACAGCGAGAUCUCUGCCUUUGAGCUGAAGAAAAUCCUCAAUAGAGUGGUGACCCAACGUUCGGACAUCAAGACCAGCGGCUUCAGUUUGGAUACCUGUCGCAACAUGGUCAACCUUCUAGACAAAGACGGCAGCGGUCGCCUUGGUCUGGUGGAGUUCAAGAUUCUGUGGACCAAGAUUGAGAACCUCCUGAAUAUCUACCGGGAGAAGGACGUGGAUAAGUCUGGCUGCAUGAGCUCCACCGAGAUGAGAAUGGCGGUGGAAGAAGCAGGCUUCCGUCUGGACAACUCUCUGAACCAGAUCCUGGUGGCUCGCUACAGUGAUUCGGACCUCACCGUGGACUUUGAUAACUUUGUGUCCUGCCUGGUUCGCCUGGAGAGCAUGUUCAAAACAUUCAACGCCAUUGAAAAUGACGGCUCGGGAAAUGUGGAACUGAAUCUUAUAGAGUGGCUGAACCUGACUCUGGUCUGACGCGGUACUGCCCCCUGGUGGUCAAGAGUCACCCUGGUCGGACGUGGUACUGCCCCCUGGUGGUCAACAGUCACCCUGGUCGGACGUGGUACUACCCCCUGGUUGCCAACUGGCACCCUGCUGUCUAGUACGCAGGUCUUUCUCAGCAGCAUAGCCGUCUGUAUAAUCAGACUUAGACAUAUUAACUAAUAUAUACAGAACUUUAGUUAGAAGUGGUUGGAUAUAGAAUCAUGUAUCGAUUGGAAUUUUACUUUGCAAACCAAUGUGUCACACUUGAUCCUGGAUCCAUUACAAUUAAAAACUGUCGACACAAACGUGUUUUUAUUUACAAAAAAAUAACAAUAA